GACACGAACACGACUCUCCACACAUCAAGAUUCCCAUACAUAAUUAUUAGCCCAAUCCUUAGUAUAAUUAUAGGAGCAGAAUUCGUUCCGAGUUAGUGGGAAGUUGAUCAAUCAAAAUCAAAUCUUGUAAAUCAAUUGAAUCUCUCAAUAAACCCAAUACGCCCUUUCCUUUGACUUUCGCUUCUUUCCCUUUUCUCUUUCAGCUCAUCUGAUGGCUUCGACUUGGUUCCUUCCUUUUGCGCUUGCUCUCUCUUGCUUCUUUGGAUUGCUUCGUGGGAGCCCCGGCGAUGCCGAUUCCGUUUACCAGGCUUGUGUUUUGCAAUGCGAGAAGACUGGCUGUGUGGGGGACAAGUGCUUCCAACACUGUAACUUUUCCUCAGACGGAAACCCCAUUGAUGGCCCAUGGUAUCUGCAGGAGCCACUAUACAUUCAGUGGAAGCAAUGGGACUGCCGCAGUGACUGUCGUUACCAGAGACUUGAAGCGAUAAGGGUCAUGAUUGCAGCUCCGGUGUUUGGUAUUCUAACAACCCACAUAUUGUAUAUGAACUUCUACGAGUUUGACUACGGAUGGAAUGCGAGAGUUUGUGCAGUAAUAAGCGCGCUACAGAUUGCAAUAUGGGCAGUGUGGGCAGCUCAAGCUCGUCAUCCUCAGCGAUGGAAGCUCUGGGUGGUUGUAUGUGGAGGGGCCAUUGCCAUGCUCGUAACACUGUACGACUUCCCCCCCUGGCGGGGGCUCUUGGAUGCUCGCGCUCUUUGGCAUGCAACGAUGAUUCCUCUUAGCUAUCUGUGGUGGAGUUUCGUCAAGGACGACAGCGUGUGGAUGACCUCACUCGCCAUCAACAAAAACAAAUGAACGCGUCUCAUAAACACAAUCAUAGGAUGAGAUAGCUCACAAGAGUUUGUAUUUAUUCGUCUUCUUUAUUUUGUUUUAACUGCAAAAUGCGAUUUGGCUAAAAAUGAUACAGUAUUAAAUUAAAUAUUUCCAUAUUGGUAUAUA